CUGACAGUGGAGACAUGAAGAUCUGAUUAAGAAAUAUGUGAAGCCAUGAUGAACAUUAACAUCUCCACCAGAUUAAGAGUGUCAACCAUGGAGAGUCCAUCUUCAAACUCAGUCCAAAGACUUCUCCUCUUCCUUCUAUGUCUCCUGCUUCUUCAUCACCCUUUACUGGCUUACUCCCUGAAGAACUGCACCUUUGUUUUUGAUGAAGAUGAAUCAGCUGAAUUUUUACUGGAUUGCUCAUUUCAUAAUCUUUUAACUGUCCCUGAUGACAUCCCCAGAGAUGCACACACACUUCAACUCUCUCACAAUUUGAUCAGAAGGAUCAACAAGAAUGAUUUUGGGAACAUGUCACAGUUAAGUUUUCUGAGCCUGGAUGGUAAUUUCAUUUCUCAUGUCGAUGAUGGGUCUUUUGUCCAUUUGGUGUCAUUGAAAGAACUCCGCAUGGCGGAUAAUCAACUCACACAUCUGAAGAGCAACAUCUUUCAGGGACUGUCAAACCUCACUGAGCUUGAUCUCACCAACAAUAGCUUUAAUUUUUUUGAUAACUCAGCCUUUCACUUCCUGACCAGCUUACAAACUGUCAUCCUAGACUUCAACCGGUUAAAAAAGGUCACUGACAUACAGCAAAUUCUAAAUCUACCCCACAUAGAGGAACUGAGCAUUGCAGACAAUCUGUUCUCCACCUUUGAGUCUAAAGAUCUGAAUCUAAACGUGUCCUCAAGUCUGAGGGAGUUAAAUGUUGAAGGUAAUGACCUCAGAAGAUUCAGCAUCACUACACCUAUCUUCCCUCAUCUUCACACAAUACACCUUGGCCAAUGUGGUACAUUAUCUCCAUUCAAAUGGGACAUCCCUGAUAAGUCUUUGCUGAGGAACAUAACUCGACUAGAUUUCAGUCGCUCAAAUGCUUUUGAAGACAUUGAAAAAGUCCUGCAGAGUCUCAACACACUAAAACAAUUACAACUAAAUUACAUGAGGGGAUUGAUGAGCAAAGAACUGUUGGCCUCUAUCUGUAGAAUACCAACACUUGAGAGCCUGGAUCUGUCUUACAAUGAUGAUGCAAACUUGAGUGCCAAACUUGAAGCUUGCUCUCAGCUCAAGGAGCUUGACUUGAGUUGUACAAACAUCUCUGAACUACCCGUGGGAUCAAUAGGAAUGAUGAAGCAACUCAGGUCUUUAAAUCUUGAAGAAAAUGUUCUCACCAAAGUGCCAGAGGACAUCAGAAGCCUCUCCUCCCUCAGGGUCCUCAGGCUUGAUGUCAACUGUAUCUCUGAGUUGAGUUGUGAGGACUUCACAAACACGUCCCUCCUAACUGAACUUUCUGUGGCUGACAAUCAAAUUUCCAAACUGGACUGGUGCGUCUUCAAAAGUCUUGACAACCUUAAGGUUUUAGAUUUGAGUUAUAAUCCGCUGUCAACAUUUGGAGAAACCUUCAAGUUAAGCCUGAAGAACCUUGAGAUCUUGAAUUUGAGAAAUCAUUUUGUACGUCACCUUGAAAGGGGGGAUUUUGAGGGUUUAGGGUCCCUUCAACAGUUGGAUUUAGAAUCUGAUGAAAUUUCAGAGGUAGAAAAAGGUGCAUUUAAAGGUUUAUACAACCUGACAAGUCUAAAUAUAUCACUUUCAGAUGAUUUUGAUUGCAAUUUCUGGGAUUUAGACCAAAUAGAAGAUCUUACCAUAAAUUUUCCAUCCCUCUCCAGUUUAAAAAGUCAUCAUGAAAAUCUCAACAAAUUUGACUUUGAUUUUAAAACUCUGAAAAGGCUCAAAAUGGUGUGCUCUGAUAUUCACCAACUAACCACUCAAGCUCACAUAGAGAUGAUUAAGUCUGCAAAACUUUUAGAGGAAUUCACAGCUGACAACAUAUUUUUUUCAACACCAAACCGAGACACAUUCCUGUCCAAUCCUCAGCUGAGAAGUUUGACAAUAACACUGGCCGACUUGUCUGAUUUGGGUCCUGAACUGUUCUGGCCAAUCCCAAACCUGCAAACACUGGAUCUAUCUAAUGCUAAUCUGAAGUCUUUGGAUUUUUUGGCCCAUGCCAACCUGACUGCACUCAAAUAUUUGUUUCUUAGUGACAAUGUUAUAACAGUCAUCGAUGACACCAUCUUCCAGUCUCUUCCUGCUCUUCUUUACCUGAACCUGUACAAAAACCCUUUCACAUGUGACUGCUCUAAUGCUGGCUUCAUCCAGUGGGUGAAGAGCAACAACCAAACUCAGGUACAAGACGCCCAUGACUACAUCUGUUACUCUCCUCUGAUCAAACAGGGAACCAAGGUGUUGGACUUUGAUGUCCAGUCCUGUUGGAUGGACGUUGGCUUCCUCUGCUAUAUCUCCAGCUCUUGUCUGGUGGUGUUAACUCUCCUCACCUCUUUCAUCUACCACUUCCUGAGGUGGCAGAUUGUCUAUGCCUUCCUCCUCUUCCAGGCCUUCCUUUAUGACAGCAGGAAGAAGAGGAAAGGAGAUCCUCACCUCUACGAUGCCUUCAUCUCCUACAAUGUUGAGGAUGAGGCCUGGGUCUACAGAGAGAUGCUUCCAGUGCUGGAGGGAGAGCAGGGCUGGAGACUGUGUCUGCACCACAGAGACUUCCAACCAGGUAAACCUAUCAUAGAGAACAUCACAGACGCCAUCUACAGCAGCAGGAAGACCAUCUGUGUGAUCAGCCGGAGCUACCUGCGGAGCGAGUGGUGCUCCAGAGAGAUCCAGAUGGCCAGUUUCCGUCUGUUUGAUGAGAAGAAGGACGUGUUGAUCCUGCUGUUUCUGGAGGAGAUCCCCUCUCGAAAGCUGUCUCCAUACUACCGCAUGAGGAAGCUGGUGAAGAAACGCACCUACCUGAGCUGGCCACAGGCUGGACGACACAAGGGAGUCUUCUGGCAGAACGUCCAUAGAGCUCUGGAGACAGAAGAGUCCACCAGAGACAACGUGAAUCUUCUGACUGGACCAGAGGAAUGCUGAAAACAUCCCUGAACCUGCUGAGGUCAGGUCAGGUAUGGCAUGUCGUUUGAGCACUUUGCCAUGUCAACCUUGGCCCUGUGCUUCUGCAGCCUCCUGGUGACCUUGCAACUACAUGUGAUGCUAUUUGAUUGUGACUGCAUCAAAGGUGCAAUUAAUUAACAUUAAGAAAUAACCUCAAAUGCACAUGGGGAGACCUCAGCAGAGAAAGGAGAACUUUGUAGUUAACUUUCACUGCCAGAGGGGGGCAGCAGGUUCCAGUUGUUUGCAGUCACAAUAAAACAACAACAACAACAACAACAAAAAAUUCUCAUGUUCAUCAUCUGUAAAGCUUUUAGGUAAACU